AUGUACAAAUGCAUUUCUGUUGAAGAUGGCGUUCUCUCUGGAAGGUUCCUCCUGAAACUCAUCUCUAGCUGGUUUCAAUGGGCUGAGUGCACAGCAACCAAGGAUAAAGUUACUGGAGGACCUUCCCGUUGUCCUAAUUGGAAGCGCAGGAUGCUCCAUCCCGGCAUUAUGGAGCCACUUAGGGGAACAUGGAACAUUGAAGACGUAUUACCAGGUUAA